AUGGCACACAUCCUAUACGUGGCAUCUCUCUUUCUCCUGACUAAGCUCAGCAUUGGCCAGAGAAAAGUAACGGUCCAGAAAGGACCGCUGUUUCGGGCUGAAGGCUACCCUGUCAGCAUUGGCUGCAAUGUAACUGGCUACGAGGGACCUUCUGAGCAGCACUUCCAGUGGUCUGUUUACCUGCCGACAGCCCCGACUCGAGAAAUCCAGAUCAUAAGCACCGCGGAUGCCACCUUCACUUACGCGGUGUACGCGCAGCGAGUACGAAGCAGGGGGAUCUACGUGGAGAGGGUCCGGGGCAACUCAGUCUUGUUGCACAUCUCAAAGGUCCAGCUGAAGGAUUCUGGAGAGUAUGAGUGUUACACACCGAACACGGAUAAAAAAUACUACGGCAAUUACAGUGCGAAGACUAGACUCAUUGUUAUUCCAGAUACCCUCUCUGCCACUAUGAGUUCCCCGAUUCUCAGUAAGAAGGAAGGCGAAUCAUUAGAACUUACGUGUGACGCAUCCAAAGCCACAACUCAGCAUACCCACCUAUCUGUCACCUGGCACCUGAUCCAGGAUGGAGAAAGAAGCCAAGCUACCGAGAUUAUUUCCCUCUCCAAAGAUUUCAUGUUGAUCCCUGGGCCCUCAUUUACCGAGAGGUUUGCCGCUGGUGAUGUGCAUCUCAACAAGCUUGGGGUCACUACCUUCAGGCUGGCCGUAGGGAGGCUCCAGCCCUCCGAUCAAGGCCAGCUGUUCUGUGAGGCAACCGAAUGGAUUCAAGAUCCAGAUGAAACCUGGACUUUAAUCACGAAAAAGCAGACGGAUCAAACAACUCUGAGGAUCCAACCAACAGUGAGAGAUUUUCAAGUCAACAUUACCACCCAGAGCACGUUUACAGCAGGGAAACCCUUAGAACUGGUUUGCCUGGUAGUAGGCAGUGGCCAGGACCCACAGCUUCAGGGCAUCUGGCUCUUCAAUGGUAACGAGGUGGCCCGCAUCAAUGCUAGUGGUGUUCUGGACCUCAAGAGAGACUACAGAGAGAGAGCAAGUCAAGGACAGCUCCAGGUUUCAAAGUUAAACCCCAAGGUUUUCUCUCUCAAGAUCUUUUCUAUGGGCGCCGAGGAUGAAGGGGCCUACACAUGUGCCGUGGAAGAGGUGGUAAGAAAUCAGAUGGACUCCUGGGAUGUGCUUCAGAGAAAGCAGUCACCGGACAGCCGCGUGCAUCUGAGGAUGCCGGCAGCAAGAAAUGUGGCCUUAUCUACCAAGAGCAAGCAGCAAGCAGUGUGGGAAGGAGAGGUAUUAACCCUUCUCUGCAAGGCAGAUGGAACCGAGAGUCCCCUGUCUGUGGAAUGGUGGCGCCUCCCACAGGGCCAGACGCAGCCAGAGUUCGUGGCUGGCAUGGGGCAGGAUGGCACGGUGCAGCUUGGCGCCCCCUACAAGGAACUCAAUAACCACGGCAACACAAGGCUGGAGAAAACGGACUGGGCCACUUUCCAGCUGGAGAUCACCUCCACCACCAUUACGGACGGUGGUAUAUACGAGUGCCGAGUGUCUGAGAGUGCCCAGAACCAGGCCAGAGGUCAGAGCUGGACUCAGAAGUUGUCGGUCACCAUCAGAUCUCUGGAGUCGAGUUUACAGGUUAAGCUGAUGAGCCGUCAACCCCAAGUGACAUUAACCAACACCUUUGGCCUGUCCUGCAUAGUGGAGGCUGACUUCUCCCACCUCAGGGUGCCACUCACUGUGACGUGGCAGUUCCAGCCAGCAAGAUCUCAGGUCUUUUAUCUGCUUGUUCGAAUCGCCUGGAACGGCACUAUUGAGUGGGGGGAUUUCCUAUCUCAGUUCCAAAAGAAGACAAAGCUUUUGCAGUCCUCAUUUCACUCUCAACUCCUAAUCCACGAUGCCACGGAGGAAGAAGCAGGAGUUUAUCGGUGUCAAGUAGAAGUUUACGCCAGAAAUUCCCCAGACACGAGCGGCCCCCCGAGGGCUUCCGCCGUCUCUCACUCGCUGAUGAUAGCCAUCACUUUGCCAGAGAGCAAGCUAAGAGUGAACUCAACCAGUCAAGUCCAAGAGAUCUUCAUCAACUCCAACACCAACAUAGAAUGUAGCAUCUUGUCCCAGUCCACUGGAGACCUCCAGUUAGCCGUUAUUUGGUACUUCUCUCCCAUUUCCAUGAAUGCAACCUGGCUGAGGAUCCUGGAAAUGGGCCAAACCAAUGUUGUAAAAUAUGGGGAUGAAUUUCACUCCCUACUGAGACAACAAAAAUUCCACCCCAAGAAAGUUUCCCAGGACUUGUUUCAGCUACAGAUUCUGAAUGUGGAAGACAGUGAGCAGGGCAGAUACCACUGUGCUGUGGAAGAAUGGUUCUUGUCCAGGAACGGCACUUGGCACAAGCUUGGAGAAAAGAAGUCAGGUCUGACAGAAUUGAAACUCAGGCCCACAGGAAGCAAGGUACGUGUCUCCAAAGUGUACUGGACAGAAAAUGCUACCGAGCACACGGAGGUGGCCAUCCACUGCAGCCUGGAGAGUUCUGGCAGCUCGGCUUCUCUGUACUCUGUGAUGUGGUUGCGCCACGGGGAGCAUUCAGGAAGGAAAAUGCUGGUACACCUUCGGCAUGAUGGCUUGCUGGAGUAUGGUGACGAGGGGCUCGGGGGGCAUCUGUACUGUUACCGCUCAUCCCCUACAGACUUUGUCCUGAAGCUUCAUCGGGUCAGAAUGGAGGAUGCUGGUUUGUACUGGUGCAAGGUGACAGAGUGGGAGCUGCAUGGUAACCCUGGCACGUGGGUCAACCGAGCAUCAGAUGAGUCCCAGCAUGUGGUGCUCACGGUGCUGCCUUCAGAGCCCACAUUUCCCUCCAGGAUCUGCUCAUCAACACCUUUACUCUAUUUCCUAUUCACCUGCCCCUGCAUUCUGUUUAUCCUUCUGCUCAUUUCCCUCGUUUGCUUGUACCACAAAGCCAGGAGGUUGUCGGCACUGAAGCUAAACGCGCUGAAAGAAAAGACUCUCUGGGUGGAUUUGAAACGGGCUGGAGACUGGGUAACCACCUGGAGGGAAGAGGAAGACCAUUGAAUCCCGAGAGCCGUCUGCGGCCCUAUGGAAAGUGUGGGCUCUGGAAUUGGACUGAGCAUUGGUGUGAAUGAAUCCUGAUUGCGUCCUUCUUGGUGUGUGUGGCCUUGGGCAAGUUACCUAGGAAUCAGAGGGAAUGUGUAUGUGGUUUCUUUGUGUGUUAAGUCAUCUACCCCUUGCCUUCUCCCAGGAGCUCGAUGAUUUACCCUGUGUUUCAUUUGCCGCACCUCACAGAGGUUCAGGGUCCCCUUCUGUAAGGAGAGAACCUCCCUCACACAGCCUCUUGGGUAUUAGUUGCGAUCCUAUGGCGAAGCCCAGGGUGAGGCUGCCCUCUGCUUUCUCCUCCCUUAUGUCACUGAUUCCCAGGAAAGCAUUCCGAGUGGUCCAGUCACACUGGCUCUAGGUAAUCUUUUGCCCCCAAAUAAGAGGUGUGGGAAGGGGCCUGAUGUCAGCAAGGCAAAAAGGAAUUGGGAAUAUGCCCUUCAUUCACAUCAGAUCUACUUUCCAAUGUGGAUGUGACUUCCUUCAAUGCAGAAAUCCUGUCUUGCCCCCAUCCCAUCUAUAAAUGCUACUCAAGGACAAUCUCUGCGUAGACAGUACCUAAUUAAUAUUGAUGGGUUCUUUGAAGAAAUUAUAAAGCAUUUUGUAGUCUGAGUUUCUGCUUCCUCUUUCUUCCUCCCUCCUUCCCUUCCUUGCUUUCUCUGUUUUCUUUCUUUCUUU